AUGCCGACUCCAUCUCUAUUGCUCCAGCUCCGGGCAUUGAGGAAAUCGAUUCGAUGUCUGAGAGGUCGAUGGAAUGCCCCAAAUAAGAUGCACAUGGUAAAAUCAACUUCUCACAUCAUGUUUAUACGGAUUCUGAACCAUCGAUUGGUUUGUGAGGUGGAUGAGGACUUUCACAAGUCUAAUCACUCUUGGAAUUUUACCAUACAAAGACAUUUACAUGAUUUGGACCGUUGGAAUUCUUCACAAGCAAUCAAUAAAUUUGUCAUACCACAUGGUGAAGUUGAAGGUAGACAUGAGGAACUGCUAACAGAAGCACAGUUGACAGUUGCAGCUGAAGAAAAAGAAGCUCAUUCAUUUGAAAUUGACCCUGCUCAGAUAAAUCUGGAUGUUGAGAUGGAAUUAAAGCCUCAUGCACAACCACGACCUUAUCAAGAGAAAAGUCUUAGCUGCAGGAAGAGCAAGGUCUGGGAUCAUUGUGUUACCUUCUGGUGCUGGAAAGUCUUUAGUGGGGGUUUCUUCAGCCUACAGGAUUAAACAAAGCUGUCUCUGUUUAACUACAAAUGUUGUUUCUGUUGACCAAUGGGCUUUGUAAUUCAAUUUAUGGUCAAACAUUCGUGAUGAACAUAUAUGUCGCUUUACAUCUGAUAGUAAAGAAAGGUUUUGUGGAAAUGCUGGAGGAGUUGUUGUCACCACAUACAACAUGGUUGCUUUUGGUGGUAAAAGAUCCCAAGACUCUGCAAAAAACAUUUAAGAAAUAAGAAACAGAGAAUGGGGUUUGCUACUCAUGGACAAGAAGUUGAAUUGUGAGAACAAAGUUAUCAAGGAUUUUGGUUUUUUGAUCAUUUGGAUGUCCAAUGGUGGAUUACCAGGUCCUUAUCGGGAGCAAUGUACGUCAGACUGUUGGUCCCUCAAAUCUUCAGCUAAUAGUAUAGACUUUGUUAUAUUGUGUAUUAUAACAUACUAUUAUUGUUUACAACUAUUACUUU